UCGUCUCCAUAGCGACCGCUAUCGGUCAGAAAAGGAAGUACACCACCUUUUCCAAUGCACCAACCGCUGCCGGCCACAUUAUCGGAAACAAAUAGGAAGGUUUAACAGUGCCGCUGUGUUUGUCGACGAGCUCGUACACAAUGCUGAAAAUAUUAAUUUUGAAGGUUGACAACCCGUCCUGUCUCUGGGGUCGGGUUGUCCGGGGUCUGGGUGGAGACGCAGAGACGGCAGUACAGUACGACAGGCUGCUUGCUCAGAUGAACCUCUUCUACCACGAUGUCACUCAGGACCUGCGCAAGCUAAAGCCCACAUCGUUAGAAGAGGGACAGGUGUGUGUGGUGUACUGGUCGGUGAUGAAGUCGUGGUGUCGGGCUGUGGUGGAGUCCAUCAUUAUGGGCUCAGUGUCCUGUCAGGCUCGCUGCCUCCUGGUCGACCAUGGAGAACGACUCGUUGUGUCGUCAGAUCAGAUCAGAGUUGCUGUGCAGAACUUUCUCCAGCUGCCUUUCUGGGUGAGAAGGUUUCACCUGGCAGGACUCAAACCGGCGACCCUGAGAGUGUCCGUCUUUGAGGAGAUGGCAGAGCUCAUUUCAUCCUCUCAGUGGGACAGCUCCGCCACGCUCUACCUGCAUAACCUGCUGCAAGCGUCGACUCGGACAGAGGCUGUGCUGCUUGAGUCGGAAUCAGACUCCACCUCCAUCCAGCUCUACCUCACUGUAGGGAACGUCAAGAUCUGUGUAAACGACGACCUGGUGGUCAAGAAGUUUGCGUUUUACAUCAGAGAGUCAGCCGAUGGCGGCCAACUGGAUGAGGUGGACCAAUGCCCUGUCAUGUUGUCGUCCAGCAUUUUAAAGCAGCUCAGCCCUUCAAGGACUCUGUGCACAGCUGCAAACAUGCCGACAGCACAAACACAACCACCUCCUGUGAUGUCACAAGGUCUGGCUGCUGGCAGAGCAGUUGAUUGGCAGACGGCUCCCUUUUCACUUCAGAGACAAUAUGAUCUGACCUGUGAGGACGGCUGCCGGACAAGUGCCACAGAUGAACAACUUUCUUCAAGUAGCCAAUCAAAGAACGGCUUGGACGCUGCUGCUGCUGCAGAGAGUGAUUCAUCAGUGGAGACAGACUCGUCUCUGGCUGCAGCUCUGACAAAAAACCUCAGCCUGUUCAGGUUUCUGAAGUUUUUGAAUCCUGGCAGCAGCUCUCCGCAAGCGGCUCCCGCUGUGAGUCAGCAGGAGGAGCUCACAGACUGUCAACCUGAAGAGACCGCUUCAGCCACCAUCACCUGCACAGGACUCGAUGGACACGCUUCCACUACAACAACACAGUUAGUGUAAUAAAGCUCUCUCUUCUUUCUCUGAGGUCACUGACAUGUUCAGGAGUAGCUUUGUUUAAAAUUUAAAUUUGGUUAUGAA